GUUUGUUUUGGUUCUUAGAACUUGUGCGGCGGCUAGGAGACCUAGGUGUAUAAUCACGAGCUUCUCCGUCGUUACAGUGGAAAGAGAAAAGUAGCUUUGACGGAGGCUCAAGUUUCUUUUAUUGAACGGGAAGUUUGGUGGUGGUGGUACCACUUAGAGUUGCAAUGACAACAGAAAUGGCAAAGAAGAAGUUAACUCCACAAAUUCUUAAGACAGAUACGGCACUAAAACUUGCUGAGAAGUGGGUUGCCAAUAUGACGAGGCCUGCAGAGGAUGAUCCUAUUGAGCCUGAACAACAAGUUCGACCACACAGGCUUGGACUUGGUGCUAAAGUGUCAAAGCAAAUGAAGCGUAGACCCUCAGACGAUCCUCUUGAUCAAAAGCUACAAGCCAAGUUUGAUGCAGGGAGAAGAAAGCACGCAAGAUCUCUAGCAGAAUCCGCUGGUUCUAGUCAGAACGCCGGUGAUGACAGUGAGGAUGAUGACGAAUCAGAAAGCAAAAGCCAAGCAUUCGGAAAGAAAAGAAAAAACACAAGUACACCUCGUUAAUAUUUUGUAUGUAAGUUUAUAGUUGAAAUUGUGGGAUUGUAUUGGGUAUUUUUGUUUGUGAAGAGCUAAAACCAUACAAUUUUAUUUCUACAACAUGAUUCUUAGAA